AUGGCUCGUGCCACCAAGGACGAAAGAGCCACCCUGGCCACAGUAAUCCGGAUACUCGACGAGAAGUCGGACCCCCGCUGGGGAGACAGACUCCAGAGGGCCCGAAACCUCGUAGACGAAACCACGGUAGACAUCGAGACCCUAAUAGACAAAUGGUAUUGCGUAGGCGGACUACCCGCGGUGCAAGACCUGAUGGCAGCAGAACGGGAGCUGCUCGACACGACGUGGCCCCGUAGCGGCCCGUUGCUCGAUUUCAUUGACGACCUGCGGAAACUCAUUUCACUAGCAUGCAACCUCCGCCAUCGCUUGGGACAUCCGCCCUGGUACUACUCAGAAGUCGUUGCGCAGCGUAUAAGGCUCACCGCCCCACAAGGGGCCGUAGUCCCCACUGACCUCACGCAGUUGUCGGACCUGCUAGAAUGGAUGACAUAA